CGCUGACUUCUCUCAUUGACUCACUCCUCCCUGCUUCAGCUGGCUGACUGAGUGCGCUGACACUGGGACCACUACCUGCUGUCUGGGGAUUAAGCAUGCUAUGAAUACCCGGAGCCUAAUUUGUUGUUUUGGCUGCCAGUGAAUGUUGGAUCCCCACAGAGCAGAAUCUGGAACAUAAAUCCUUGUGGCCGGGACACGGGGAGCGCCUCUGGACUAAGACAAGACAGAGGCAGUGAGAAAGGGACUGGAUGCUUGAUGAAGCGAGUAACAGAGAGACGACAAACCAGAGGGAAAAAAGAAAAGACAGGACAAGUUCUUUGCUGACAGGCAACAACAGAAGAAAGAAAAAUCAACCCAAGUCUUACUACGAUCAGGACCCAAUGAGAACCAUCUCCUCUCAUUAUUAGGCUGGGAUUUUCUGUCAGGAUGCUGACACGAGGGAAGAAAGCCUGACAAAUCUCCGCCUCGAGCUUCUUGGUUGAUUUCUGAUCGUGCAGGUUUUUCUCUUCUUUCUGUGAGUUAUUCAUUCAGUGUCUCUGUAUUUUCCUGCUCAUCCGUGGCUGCUUGGGGGAGGACACAGGUCGGCACUGUUGGGUGGAGAGGGGAUUGUGAUCGUCCUCCUCUCCCAACUUUUUCCCGUCUCCGUCACUUCUGCUGACCUGCUUUCGGUCCCAGCACACCAGCAGCGUGUGGGGGCAGUUGCUUACCCAAUACAUGAGAGUGGCCAGGAAUGAAGGUUAUUGAACUGAGGAGGCGUGGCAGGCACACGGGGGAGAAGGGGAGGGAACCCAAACCAUUUCUGCGAUCCCGGGAGCAUAUGGUUUAGCGAGAGGCAGCCAGCUGCUUUCCAGCCAUCCGGCUAAUCACGCUGCAGAAGACACAAGUUGCUCUGGUGACGGUGUCAGGUUUGGACAGAUCUUGCGUGCCGUGGUUGUAUAUCUGUUCAGCGUGGCAGGAACUCCCAAACCAAUCCGUUCAAGAAGUCAGUCCUUCGGAUGCAAAGAAGCAGUUGUGUUGACUGAGAGGAGCGCCACGCAAAUCAUCGCUGAGGAGAGCAGACAAGCAUUGUUGCCCCAAUAGGCAGCAGCCACAGGGAGGCUAGAAAAGAUGCUCAGAAAUCAGUUCAUAGGGUAAUAAUUGUGACACCACAUGUUGGUGAGCACCAGACCUUGGCUUGUUUUCAAAAGGCUUUUGACAAAGAAAGGGAGUUCUCAAGGAGCCGGCGCUGUCAGACCCCUUCCACCUCCGUCUGAUUACCAGUCAGGGUCACUGGGAAGAACUGAGAAGAUUCCUUCUGUGGAUUUACUGUCAGUCUCCUGUGGAAGUUUUCCUUGUGGAUAUCUGACAAUCCUAAAAUACCCACAUCCCAAUGGCCACAUUUCUGGCUCAGAUGCAUCUCACACACAUGAAUGCCAAGAGCGCUUUAACACACAUUUACUAACACAUUACCAACACCCACUUAAAUCCACACACAUAUUUGCACUGUAAGUAUAACACACUUCACAAAAUACGCACAUUUACUCACACAUUGAAAGCCCAUCGGUUUGUCUCUUUCCCAGCAGACACAGCUCAAUGGAGGUUGCGUGGACAGGUGGGGGGCUGUAGGAGCUCAUCGACCCUGUCCCCCUUUCUGUCCUCAUUUCUCAAAUGGAUGUUAUUAUCUCUGAAAAUGCGUUACUUGGAAACCGCUGAAAGCUUGCUGCUGCGAUUCUCAUCCAGAAACAGUCACCGGGUCCCCGCCACGGUGCUCAGCUGGAACCACAGCUGAGACACGGACCAUUACGGAAUCUCCUUUGCUUUGUAUUUUCUCUUCAUCUUCAUCCUCUGUCCUUAUUCCACCGCCAUCAUUUUUUCCAACGGGUCUUUGGGCACCCCUCGUCGCCCUCCUCGCCCCGUCAUCUCCUCCACCCUGGAGGGGAGGGGGUCAUUGGAGUGGAGCAUGAGCGGGUGCCACUAUCCGUCGCCAACGCCGCCGGAGCGGGAUCGCAGGUACCAGCACAAGGUGUCCUUGGUGGUGCGCUACUUUAUGAUCCCCUGCAACAUCUGUUUGAUCCUGCUGGCCACAUCUACGCUGGGCUUCGCUGUGCUCCUGUUCCUCAACAACUACAAACCUCCUCACUUCACACCGGCCCAGCCUCCUGAUGGCUGUAGAGGAAAGCUGUGUGGUUUUGGUGCUGUAUGUGAGCGGGACCCAACUGACCAGGCCAAGGGCGAGUGCGUCUGCAAGAGAGUGGAAUGUCCAUCCUUGGUGGCGCCUGUUUGCGGAUCCGACUCGUCUACCUACUCCAACGAGUGCGAGUUGGAGAAAGCCCAGUGCAACACGCAGCGACGCAUCAAGGUGCUGCGCAAGGGACCCUGCUCUCUCAAAGACCCCUGCACUGACGUGAUCUGCAGCUACGGCAGCACCUGUGUCCAGUCAACAGACGGCUUGUCGGCUAAAUGCAUGUGCCCGCUCGGCUGUGAGGGCAAGCCCGAGGAGACGGUGUGUGGCAGUGAUGGACAGGACUACCGCAACGAGUGUGAGCUCCAUCAGCACGCCUGCAAGAGCCAGAAGAACAUCCGUGUGCAAUACCAAGGGCACUGUGACCCGUGCAAAGACAACGAGAACAGUCUGAGCACAAUGUGCCGAGUGGAGUCUCACACCCGCCAGACCUUGAUGUUUGGCCUGCCGGAGUCGUGCCCUCCGGACAGAGAGCCUCUGUGCGCCAGUGACGGUGAAACCUACCCCAGCGAGUGCGCCAUGACAGCAAGGGGCAUCCAGAAAGGCAUCAAGCUCAGGAAGAUCCACGGAGGACGGUGCAGGAGGCUGGAGUGUAAGGAGGAGUGUCUCUUCAACGCCGUGUGCCUCGUUGAGCAGCUGAACGCCCGAUGCUCCUGCGAGCCCAUCGAGUGCGACGGCACCUACAAGCCCAUGUGCGGCAUGGACGGCCACAGCUACACCAACGACUGCAUGCGACGCAAGGCCGAGUGCCUGAGCAAGACCCUCAUCCCCAUCAGGCACCCAGGGCCCUGUGAUCUCAAUAUACCAAGCCCAUGCUUGGAUAAGCAGUGCGAACAUGGGGCGGAGUGCGUGGUGAAGAACAACGAGCCGGUGUGUGAGUGCCCCGAGGCCUGCGCGCACAUUUCCGACCCAGUGUGCGGAUCCAACGGCCACAGCUACGGAAGCCACUGCGAGAUGCGAGCGAUGGGUUGUGCCCUUCAGAAGUUCAUCCAGAUCCAGCACAAAGGACCCUGCGAUGAGUCUUGUGCCAACUGCUCUUUCGGGGCAAUCUGUGAUGCCCAGAGCGGACAGUGUGUGUGCACGUCGGAGUGCGUGGACUCCCACCAGCCUGUGUGUGGCAGCGACGGCACCACCUACAACAGCGAGUGUGAGCUGCAUGUUCGGGCCUGCAAAGAACAGAUGGACCUCAGAGUGCUCAGCCAAGGAGAGUGCAAAACAUGUGGCAGCACUGUUUGUGCCUGGGGCGCCCGGUGUGUCCAGAACAAGUGCGAGUGCCCAGAGUGCUUCGGCGAGGCCUUGUUGGCGGUGUGCGGCAGCGACGGCAUCACCUACCACAGCAAGUGUGAACUCGGAGUGUCCUCCUGCAUGCAGAAGAGGAGGAUUGAUGUGGCUAAAACCGGCAGCUGUGAUGAAGCAGACUGUGGCUCAGGAGGGUCAGGCUCAGGAGUGGAGAGCUGCGAGCAGGACCGCUGCCGCAUGUUUGGAGGCUCGUGGGAUGAGGAUGCAGAGGAGGACCGAUGCGUGUGUGACUUCACCUGCCAAAGUGUGCCUCACAACCCGGUUUGUGGCUCAGAUGGCAAAAACUACAGCAACGAGUGCGAGCUGAAGAAGGCCAGAUGUGAGAAUCAAGAGCACUUGUUGAUUCAGAAUCAGGGACCGUGUGCAGUGAUUUCAGCCACAUCUCUGCCUGAGCUGAAAGCGCUUCAGCACUGCAGUCUGUCUGUGUACGGCUGCUGCUCCGACAACAUGACCGCUGCCGCAGGAGUCGGACUGGCUGGAUGUCCCAGUACCUGUCAGUGUAACGCGUAUGGCUCCUACAAGGGCACAUGUGACCCAGCCUCAGGACAGUGUUCCUGCAAGCCGGGCGUUGGGGGACAGAAGUGUGACCGAUGCGAGCCGGGCUUCUGGAACUUCCGUGGCAUCGUGACGGAGAACAUGAGCGGCUGCACGCCAUGUAACUGCGACGCCACAGGCUCGGUCCGGGACGACUGUGAGCAGAUGUCAGGCCUGUGUUCCUGCAAGACGGGAGUGAAAGGCAUGAAGUGCAACGUGUGUCCAGAUGGAAGCAAGAUGGGCAUGAAUGGCUGCGACAAAGGUCCCGAGGCUCCGACUUCAUGUGAAGAGCUGGUGUGCAGCUUCGGAGCCUCCUGCAUCGAGGUGAACGACCAAGCCCACUGCGAGUGCCCCUCACCUGACUGCGACGAGAAAAACAAAUCCAAGGUGUGCGGCUCAGAUGGGGUGACCUAUGCCGACCAGUGCCAGCUGAGGACCAUAGCCUGCAGACAGGACAAGGACAUCACAGUGCAACACUUCGGACAGUGCACAGAAACCAUCUCCGAGCCGGCAGAGCGACCAACCCCCAACCCCUUCACCACCACCCCCAGCUCCAAUGCCGCUGUCUCCAUCACCACCGCAGCCCCCUUCCCCACCAACAUGGUGUGGGCCCUCCCACCUCCGAGGACGGCCGAGACAGAGACCACCACCCCCUUUUCCACUCUCACCCACAACCGCGCGCGAGCUAACCACCACCACCACCCAGACAUCCACAUCCAGCCACCUCGAUCAACCGCCGCCCCCACCACCUCAUCCCGCAGCAGCCCCCCUCCCUCCGCUGCAGUGUCCUCUUUCGAGGGCUCGGGCAGCGGGGAGCCAAGCGGGGACGACCAGACCGAAGAAGAGGACGAGCCAGAACUGGAACCAGGUAGCGGCGCUCCAACAGAGGCCAGUGGGGCCGAAGAGACUGUUGGUUCCACGCUGGCGAGCACGACUGUACCCGCACCUGAAGAGAGGUCGUCCUGCGACAACACGGAGUUCGGCUGCUGUCCUGACGGCAGGACGCCAUCCAACACUCCAGAGGGCGCCAACUGCCCCUCCCUCCAUGCCCCGACCAGCUUUUGGGACACGUCUCCGUCUGCCACCAUGAGGUUCAGUGGUUUCCUGCACUUGGACCAGGUGGAGGGCCAAGAGAUUUUCUACACCCCGGAGAUGGAGGACCCCAAGUCGGAGUUGUUCGGAGAGACAGCCCGCAGCAUAGAGAGCGCUCUCAAUGACUUGUUCAGGAAGUCGGAGGUGCACAAAGAUUUCAUGAGCGUUCGCGUCCGUAACCUGGCACCCAGCAACUCCAUCCUGGCCUUUGUGGAGGCUCACUUCAGACCAGAUACAAGAUACACAGUGGAGGACAUCGAAGGAUCCCUGCUGAAACAGCUGAAGGCCUCCAAAGAGACCGGCAUCGCCGUGAAGAAGCCGGAGGACGAGAAUAUUCGCUUCACCAAUUAUGGCCUCUCCACCACUACCACCACCACGGCAUCCGUCACCACAGCUGCUCCCACCACCGCCACCACUACCACCACUACCACCACUACCACCACCACCACCAGGCCUCCGCCAACCUCCCCCUACAUCACCCGCCGGCCACCGGGCACCACCCGCAGACGCACGACCACAACUUCAGCACCGGUUACCACGCCACUCCUCACAACAGCAGCCAUCACCACGACCUCUCAGCCUCCAGCUACCACCAUCGCCCACUUCCGGGGCAAGCUUCAUCACAAGGCCCACAAGCCGUGCGACUCCCACCCCUGCCUCCACGGGGGCACCUGCGAGGACGACGGCAACGACUUCAGCUGCAAGUGUCCCGCCGGGCGAGGGGGCUCGGUGUGCGAGAAGGUGAUCAAGUACUUCAUCCCGUCAUUUGGAGGCCAGUCCUACUUGGCCUUCCAGACCAUGAGCGCCUACCACACGGUCCGCAUCGCCAUGGAGUUCAGAGCGUCCGAGACAACCGGCAUCCUGCUCUACAACGGCCAGGAGGGCAAGAAGGACUUCAUCUCUCUGGCUCUGGUCAACGGCCGGGUGGAGCUCAGGUUCAACACGGGUUCGGGCACAGGGACGGUGGUCAGCAAAGUGCAAAUCAGUCAGGGCCGCUGGCAUCAGCUGGUGGUGACUCGCAAUCGGCGAAACGCCAUGCUCAGCGUGGACAACGAGCCGCACAUCGAGGGCGAGAGUCCCCGCGGCACAGACGGCCUGAACCUGGACACCAACCUCUUCAUCGGAGGAGUGACUGAGGAGAUGAAGCAGGAUGUGAAGGAGAGGACAGCGGUGGCCACAGGUCUGGUUGGCUGCAUCCGACUGCUGGACGUCAACAACCGAGUGCUCAACUUGCAAGAGAGCGGGGGCAACAGUCUGUACGGCAGCGGCGUGGGUGAAUGUGGCAACAACCCCUGUCAGCCGAAUCCCUGUAAGAACAGCGCAGCGUGCCAGGUGAAGGAGGCCGAGAUGUUCCACUGCAAGUGCAGCAGAGGAUUCUGGGGUCCAACCUGUGCUGAUGUCCACGACCCAUGUGAGCCCAACAGGUGCCAUCCAUCCUCCCAGUGCCAGGCGCUGCCAGAAGGAGGCUACAAAUGCGAGUGUCCCAUGGGGCGUGAAGGAAGGCACUGUGAAAAAGUGGCUGAGAGGAGAGGGGCUUACAUGCCGCUAUUCAACGGAGACUCGUACCUGGAGCUAAAGGGGCUCCAUCUCUACGGGCACGAUCUGCGUCAAAAGGUCAGCAUGACAGUGGUUCUCAUGGCCAACGACUCCAACGGUGUGAUCUUCUACAACGGCCAAAAGUCCGACGGAAAAGGAGACUUCAUCUCUCUGUCCCUCAACAACGGGAUCCUGGAGUUCCGCUACGACCUGGGCAAGGGACCUGCUACCAUCAGGAGUAAAGAACCAAUCCAGCUGAACGUGUGGAACACCAUCAACCUGGAGCGCUCCAACCGCAAAGGAGAGAUCAUGGUGAACAAGAAGGACCCUGUCCGAGGGGAGGCACCGAAAUCACGCAAGAAUCUGCAUGUAGAUCUUAACCUGAAAGAGUCGCUUUUCGUCGGGGGAGCUCCUGAUUACAGCCGACUGGCAAGAGUCGCCGCUCUCACGGAUGGUUUCAAGGGAACAAUCCAAAAGAUCAUUCUGAUGGGCACACCCAUCCUCCGGGAGGAGAACGCGCAGCGCUCCAGCAACGUAGCCAUGUUCCAGCACCACCCGUGUUCUCAGGAUCCCUGCCACAACGGCGGGCAGUGCACUCCCCAGCUGGACACGUAUGAGUGCGUUUGUCUGAACGGUUUCUCAGGGGGACACUGUCAGAACACCAUCUACGAGAAGUCUGCCGGGGAGACCGAGGCUGUGGCCUUUGACGGGCGGACGUUCAUCGAGUACCACAACGCUGUUACAAAGAGUCCCGAGUCCCUGGAGAACCCAUCUGAGCAGAGUGAGAAGGCUCUGCUGGUGAACAAAUUUGAGCUGAGCAUCCGGACGGAGGCGACCCAGGGCCUGGUGCUGUGGAGCGGCAAGGGCGUGGAGCGGUCAGACUACAUCGCCCUGGCCAUCGUGGACGGACACGUCCAGAUGACAUACGACUUGGGCUCCAAGCCUGUGGUGCUGCGCUCCUCAGUGCGUGUCGACACCAACCGCUGGAUACGCAUCAAGGCCAGCAGAGCACUUAGAGACGGAUCUCUGCAGGUCGGCAACGAGGCAGCAAUAACAGGGUCGUCGCCUUUGGCAGCAACACAGCUGGACACAGACGGAGCCCUGUGGCUGGGUGGUCUGGAGGAGCUGGCUGUGGCCCGCCGGUUGCCCAAGGCCUACAGCACCGGCUAUGUUGGCUGCAUCAAAGACGUGGUUGUGGAUGGCGUGGAGCUCCACCUGGUGGAGGACGCCUUAAACAGCCCCAAAAUAUUACACUGUUCCGCCGCCAAAUAACCCAGCAGGGACAAAUAUAUACCGAGAGAAAUGGGGAAAGAAAACCCCUCCCGACACCCGCUCCCUCCAUAGCGCUCAUGUCUCCUGCUGUAAUUAUUUUCUAUUUUUGUAUACUUUUCAUUGCUUUUUAUAAGGAGAGAAAAUUAAUAUGGUGUUUUAAUUUGUGUUUGAUAUGUUUUGUUUUCGCACCUCUGUUCACAGAACACUGUUUUUUUUUUUCUUUACUACCCUGGCUCUUUAUUUUUUUUUUUCAAAAAGAAAAAACAGGCAUCUCUGAAAAAAGAGAUUUUAUUCUUGUCAGUUUUGUUGUUUUAAAACAAACGCCAACAUUGAAAAAAAACAAAAAGUCCUGCUCCGUCUCCUCGCUUGAACACUGCUGGACCUUGCUGACGAUCUCUGGCUGCUGCCUUGUCUUGGUGCCAUAUGUAUCGUCCACAUUCCCCCAAGCAUGGCGUACACAUCCAUGACCACAUAGACACACAUU